UAUAUGGCAGCAUUUGAUAUGUUCUUAUCAAACUGUACCGGAUACACGGAAAACAUAAAAAUAGAAAUUGGUGAUCAUACCUAUGAAAUCGAACCGAUCAACUACAUUGUUGAGGUUGAAUCAGGUACGUGUGCGCUCACGAUGUUUACGAUGGACAGUAUGGGAUUUGGACCGCAGUUCAUCCUGGGUGAUCCGUUUAUCCGCUCAUACUGUAACAUUCAUGAUUUCGGCAAGAAGCGGAUCGGUUUCGCGAAGCCAAAACAACCUCAGCACUAA